UUGGACAUUUCUGCUUCCAAAAAGAAUCUCUUUCCAGUAACGGGAUGCAGCCUAGACUUAGAAGAAGCUAAGCCGUCUUUUAAUUCUCUCGGGUCCUCCAAAGCUGUUUUUCCUCCUUUCUCUCAUGCCCACAAUGCUGGCAGCCAUCUCUUUACGGAAUCUUGCUUGCUCAUCAAGGUUAUCAUCCUGUUCAGAAUUCACAUCUGGCAAUUCCUGGCGUCCCAUAGAGGCUGCAAAACUCCACCGGACAUGUUCUGUGAGCUCGAUUCAUAUAAGCUGUGCUGCUACUAAGCCUGCAAAGACUCCUGCUGAAGUAGAGUGGAAAGUUAAGCGGCAACUCCUAGCAGAAAAGCGGGUACGCAGUGUUGAUGUGAAGGAAGCAUUGCGCCUUCAAAAGGAGAAUAACUUUGUGAUUCUUGAUGUCAGACCAGAAGCAGAGUUUAAAGAGGCUCAUCCACCUGGCGCCAUCAAUGUACAAAUAUACAGAUUAAUAAAGGAAUGGACGGCAUGGGAUAUUGCAAGGCGUGCAGCAUUUGCGUUCUUUGGCAUAUUUGCUGGAACAGAAGAGAAUCCUGAGUUCAUACAAAGUGUUGACACGAAAAUUGGUAAAGAUGCGAAGAUAAUUGUGGCAUGUUCUACAGGAGGGACACUAAAGCCUACACAAAAUUUUCCUGAUGGAAAGCAAUCUCGAUCUCUGAUAGCGGCUUACCUGCUGGUCCUAAAUGGCUACAAAAAUGUGUACCAUCUGGAAGGAGGGCUUUACACAUGGUUCAAGGAAGGCCUACCAGCUGUUGAAGGAGAAGAAUAAGCAAGAGAGACCUAUUUCUUGUUACGACAUUGUUGUUCACAUGCUGGAGUUGUGAGUUGUAAUCAUGCGCUUCACAGGAUCUCAGAUCGUUUCUCCCCAUUGAGAUGUCUCAUAUCGCCUUGGUUGCCCAACGUGUCGGUGUAUGUUGCUUGGGCAUGACAGUAUGAUGACUAUUAGCUUUAACCAAUAAAAGUGAGCAGAAGCAUAGUUCCUUUUGGAUCUCGAGGU